AUGGAAGCAGAUGAAGUAAUGGAGCUCUAUGAUUCUUACUGGUUUCAGCUCGGAAUCUUCGAAAAGCAACCAAAUUCAUCAAACCCAUCAAGGAUUGAAGCAGACCCAGUUCUUGAAAUUGAAGAAAAACCAUCAAAACCAGAGCUUUUACGCAUCCCGACCCUCCUCCAUACCAGGUCCAUGAGCGACGAAUUGAGCUCCAAAACGAGCUUCAACUUCAGCUCCUCUCUCUCACCAGACUCAGUCCUCCACAGACCAAAGCUCUCCACCAUUCUUUCUGGCAAGGAAGCCACAGAAGUUGAAACCCCAAUACAGAGACAUGUCGAAGAGUCGCCAAAGAAGAUUACAAGACGGAGGAGGAAGAAGAAGAAGGGUGAGAGCAAGAGCUUGACAGACCUUCAAUUUGAAGAGCUAAAAGGGUUUAUGGAUCUUGGUUUUGUUUUCUCAGAGGAAGACAAAGAAGAUUCAAACUUGGCUUCGAUCAUUCCUGGGCUGCAAAGAUUGGGGAAGAAGGACGGCCAAGACGAGGUCUUUGACGAGUCUGCAAUUCCAAGGCCUUACCUUUCCGAAGCUUGGAAGGUGAGGGAUCAAAGAAAGAGAGAGAAGCCAUUGAUGAAUUGGAGGUUUCCUGCGUUGGGCAAUGAAAUUGACAUGAAAGACAAUCUCAGAUGGUGGGCUCACACAGUUGCUUCCACAGUUAGAUGA